CCUAGGGCUGGAGGGUUGCUGCUGUGCUGUAGAGCGUUAGGCCGGAGCGAGGGUACUUGGCGGCGCUGCUGGGGGCGGCAUUGCGCCUCUCAUACUCAUGAGGAGCCGGAAGCUCGCAGGGGGAGUGCGGUCUUCGGCGCGCCUGAGAGCCCGGAGCUGCGCGGCCAGGCUGACCUCUGCCCAGGAAGUCGGGAGUGCCACGUCCAUCAGGACGGCAUGUCAGACGUCCUCGUCACACAGAGCCACGGACAAGCGAACUUCCAAGAAGUUCAAGUGCGACAAAGGCCAACUUGUGAAGUCGGAAUUACAGAAACUGCUGCCGCGGAGCGAGAGCGCGGCCCUGCCCGGAGCGCCGCCAGAAACCCCUGGUAAGGAUGAGCCGCCGCGCGUGGCCACACACGGCCCGGCGCCCCCGGGGCCGGAGGUGGGCGUCGCGGCGCCGCGGGAGACCGCAGGCCUUCCCUUCGGGCACGGCCGGGUGGUGAGUGACGCCCGCGUGGCGAGGACCGACGGCCUGCCCGGUGCCCUCCCGGGAAGAGACUCGGACGGCGGCUCCGCCGUCGGGGCCGCGUCCCCCCUGGAGACGGAGCGGGUCCGGCUGCCCCCGCUGCAGAUGGACAGCAGCGUCUUCCUGGACGACGACAGCAACCAGCCGAUGCCGGUGAGCCGCUUCUUCGGCAACGUGGAGCUCAUGCAGGACCUCCCGCCAGCGUCGUCCUCGUGUCCUUCCGUGAGCAGACGCGAAUUCAGGAAGAUGCACUUCAGAGCCAAAGACGACGAGGAGGAGGAGGAUGCAGAAAUGUAGAAAUAAAGACACGCGACGACUUCUUUGCAUUUAGUGCUGUUAAUAAUUGAGUUUAGCAAAUUACGGGACUUAAAGAACUUAUCUUCAAGAGGACGUGUCCUUAACCAGACUUCCGGUGGGGAGGCUCCGGGCACAGCCGCCUGGGGGCCGAAGCUGCUGCGGCGGCGGGAGGGCGGCAUCUGCCGAGUGUGCAGCAGGCCGGGGCCUGGGUGUGGGUGGGACGCCGGGUGGAGGGGCUCCCGUGCUGACCACCCGCAGGGGUGCGUUCCACGGUCGGGGUCCGCUCGCUCCGUGAUCGGUUCAGUGACCGCUCUUAACCGGUUUCUGUAGGCGAAGCUAACGUGCGCCUGGAAACCUGAGACACAC